CCAAGAGGUGGAGUCUUUACUUCAAGGGUAUACAGGCAGCUUGAUCUGUGCCUGCCUUCUAUUACAGAUCCAAAGUGAAAGACAAAGUCAUCUUCUAAGCAGUGGUCUAAGUUUAUAUCAGUGUUUUGUCUCUUUCAUCCUGCAAGCAUCUAACCCAAGAUUCAGCUGAACCGCACUGUCUGAGAAGUUUUGAAGAUGAUCUUGUCGCUGGCUUCCAUCAUCUCUCUUUCAGCUGUCAUUGUUCCGGUUGUCCAUGCUGGGAAGGUUCUGGUGUUUCCACAUGACGGCAGCCACUGGGUGAACAUGAAUGUACUUGUUGAGGAGCUGCAUUCAAGGGGACACGAUGUGACAGUUCUUCGGGCUGUAGACAGCUGGUACGUCAGCGAAAUGUCUCCACAUUACAAUACUGUCACAGUGGACAUGGGCAGUGGUGCAAGUGAGGAUUUUUUUCGUCUCCUUACCACUGAAGUUAUUAAAAUUAAACGAAACGGGUCUGUGUGGGACCGUUUCGCUUUAGACACGGUGUUAAAAGAUAAAUUCUCUGAAUUACACAAGAGAGUGUCUGAAUUGGUCGAGUACAUUUUUGAAAAUAAAGAGUUAAUAAAGUCUCUUCAAGACGCCAAGUAUGAUGCAGUUCUGACAGACCCUGCGAGCGGAGGAGGUGUAAUGCUGGCUCACUAUCUUGGAUUGCCGCUAGUGUUUAAUGCUCGAUGGACUAUUCACGGUGAGGCCCAUUUUGCCAUUGCACCCUCUCCACUUUCCUAUGUCCCGCUUUCACCUUCAGAAUUAACAGAUCACAUGACUUUCUUUCAGAGGAUCAGAAACAUUGUGUUUUAUAUCAUGAGGAUGCAUCUGUACAAACAGAUAGCUGGAACACAUUAUUCUGCAUUGUCAAACCGCUACAUUGGCCCAGAUGUGGACUAUUUCUCCUUGUUUCAAGCAGCAGACCUGUGGCUGAUGAGAGUGGACUUUGUGUUUGAGUUCCCUCGUCCCACCAUGCCUAAUGUUAUCUAUAUGGGAGGGUUCCAGUGUAAAGACGCAAAACCUCUGCCUCAACACCUGGAGGAGUUUGUGCAGAGUUCUGGAGAGCAUGGAGUCAUCAUCAUGUCUCUGGGGACUUUGAUUGGAGAGCUUCCCCACGAUUUAGCCGAUGAAAUCGCUGCAGCUUUUGCUAAAUUACCACAGAAAGUCAUCUGGAGGUAUAAAGGUGACAGACCAGCCACUCUGGGCAACAACACUUUACUAGUCGACUGGUUGCCACAGAAUGACCUCCUAGGACAUCCAAAGACUAAACUAUUUGUAAGUCAUGGGGGAACAAAUGGAAUCUAUGAGUCUAUAUAUCACGGGGUUCCAAUUGUAGGCAUUCCCUUUGUGUUUGAUCAAGCCGACAACCUCUCCAGAGUGAGAGCAAAGGGCGCUGCAAUGGUUGUGGAUUUAUCUGAAUUGGACAGCAAAGUAUUUCAGACUGUCAUACAGGAAGUCCUGCACGAGCCCUCCUACAGGAUGAACAUGCAGAGACUCUCCAGGCUGCACAGAGAUCAGCCAAUGAAGCCGCUGGACCGCGCCCUCUUCUGGAUAGAGUUUGUCAUGAGACACAAAGGUGCAGCUCACCUGAGAACAGAGUCCUACAGACUGCCCUGGUAUUCCUACCACUCUGUAGAUGUCGUUUUAUUUUUGCUGACAGUUGCACUGCUUAUUUUGUUCAUUUUUGUUGGGUUAGUAUGGUCGUGCUUCAGACUGUGUUUGAAAAGAAAAAUGAAAUCUGACUAGCAGAGAAGGAAGCUUUG